AUGUCCGACCCACGAGCUAAAGGAGGCAAAGGUGGCGCUGCCAACGCCAAGAAUGAGCCCAAGAAGCAGGUCACCCAGUCUGCGCGUGCAGGUCUUCAGUUCCCCGUCGGCCGUAUCCACCGCCACUUGAAGAACCGCACGCAGAAUCACGUUCGCAUUGGCGCCAAAGCCGCCGUCUACACAUCGGCUAUCUUGGAGUACCUGACUGCCGAGGUGCUCGAGUUGGCGGGUAACGCAUCGAAGGACCUGCGCGUGAAGCGUAUCACGCCACGACACUUGCAGCUUGCGAUCCGAGGAGACGAAGAGCUGGACAGCAUGGUUCGUGCCACCAUCGCCGGAGGUGGUGUGCUGCCACACAUCCACAAGACGCUCAUCAAGGCGCCGAGCAAGAAGAAGGCCUCCGAGUAA